CACACACAGCACAGGGAGGAGUCGGCGUCAAUGUGUAAAUGCACACACUCACUCUGAUGCCCAUGCUCAGGGAGACAACAGGAGGCGGACAGAGACUUCAGCUGCAGAAUGUCCACUUGCUGCAGUCAGACAUGCAGGAGGAGUAGAUGCUCUGCUCGCCGUUCCAGCUCUGUUUCAGUCCUGUAAGCACCUCCCAUCCCCCCCAGUGUUCGCUCCCUGGUCUGCGGUUGCUAAGGGGCUGGCUGGAAUGACCCGGACAGAAGAGCUCUGAUCUACAAUACAGAUGCAUGCCCAUAUAGGAGGGCAUCGCUGUGCAGACCAAGGGUCUUCAAUAGGCACAGCUUGACAGGAGGACCUCCACAGAGACACACAGACACAGACACUGCAACCUCGCGUGUGUUUGUGGGAGUUUCCUGCUGAAGGAGAGACCUUCUUUCCAGAAGUCAGCACUCAGAGAUCGUGAAUGAUUGUGACACAGAGACCAGCCUUCGCAGCGCGACCCCAUCCCAUGUUGCUCCCUCCUCUCAGGGAAUGGCCAAGGUCCAGGAUGGACACACGAACACAUGUGAAAGCACUGACAUGUUAGAGGAGAGCCACGAUGGUAUGGACAGUGGCACCCUGAGUCCUCCUUCAGCUCGACAAGUUACCAUCAAGCGCCACCCUACUCAAGGCUUUGGCUUCAUAGCAGGCAGCCAGAGGCCUGUCAUCGUUCGCUCCGUCUCUGCCGACGGCCCCUCCUUUGGAAAACUUCUGCCUGGAGACCAGAUCUUGGCCAUAAACGAAGAGACGGUGAGCGACGCGCCACGAGAGAGAGUCAUAGACCUUGUAAGACGCUGCAAAGACACCAUAGUUCUCACUGUGCUGCAGCCCCAUCAGUCACCUAAAUCUGCCUUCAUAAGUGCAGCCAAAAAGGCCCGCCUGCGAACCAACCCUCCUAAAGUGCGCUUUUCAGAGCAAGUGUCGAUCAGCGACCUGGACUCAACAAUGCUUAAGGACGACUCCUUGCUGCUCAUACCAAACGUGUUGAAGGUGUUCUUGGAGAAUGGACAGAUUAAAUCUUUUACAUUUGACAGCCGCACCACUGUCAGGGAUGUGAUCUCCUCCCUGCAGGACCGCCUCUCACUGCGCUACAUUGAGCACUUUGCUUUGGUGCUGGAGGCAGGUGGGCUGGACCAGAAUCAGAGGUUGCAUCUGCUGCAGGAGAAUCAGCCACUGACACAUGUGGUGCACAGAACCUAUUUCCAGGGGAUGAAGUGUCUGUUCCGUGUGUGCUUCUUCCCCAAGGACCCUGCAGACCUGUUAAGAAGAGACCCUGCUGCAUUUGAGUACCUCUAUAUACAGAGUCGCAAUGACGUUAUCAAGGAGCGCUUCAGCAUGGACUGGAAAUCUGACAUCACGUUACGACUGGCUGCGCUCCACAUCUACAUCACUGUGUCCUCUGCGAGGCCUAACCAGAAGAUCUCUCUCAAACACGUUGAGAAAGAGUGGGGACUAGAGCCUUUUCUUCCGCUCACUCUCCUCCCCACAGUGAAGGAGAAAAAUGUGUGUAAAUCCUUGUCUCAGCUGCUGAAGACAUACCAACAUCCACCACCAUCAGGGAACAAGGUUCCUCCACUCCAGGGAAAGCUACAGUACAUGAGAAUAAUCAACGAUCUUCCACCUUUUGGUGGAAUACUCUUUCACACAGUGGGAUUGGACGAAAAGCAGUCUGCCACAACACUAUUAGUGGGGCCUCGACAUGGAAUCAGUCAUGUUAUUGAUCUCAAAAACAAUCUCACAACCGUUCUGGCUGAGUUCAGUAGGAUUUCCAAGAUCCAGCUUUAUAGAGAGAGUCAAGGAGUAGCUCGUGUUGAAGUAUCAAUUCAUGAGGCCAAGCCUCUGGUUUUACUCAUGGAAUGGCCUGAUGCCAGUAACUUUGCGUGCCUCAUUUCUGGCUACUAUAAGCUAUUUGUAGACCCCAAACGAAGCAUCUACAUCCGUAACUUUGGUCAGUCUCAGCUGACCAAGCCAGAUUACAGAAGUUCCCACCAUCCCCAUCCGCGAGCUGGUGCAGCUGGAUUGCAAAGUGGAGGGCGGCGAGGGGAGGAGAGGGAAAGUUCCCACAGAGAGUCAGGAAGUUCAAGACCUGUAGUUCCUGCAGAACCUCAACAUCUAGGCUUGUGUCACAUUCACCUUAGAGAGCAGCAACAAUUCCAGGAGCUCCAAGUGCACCCAGAGACCGAGCUCGACAUUAACGAGAACUUUAUUUCUCAUGAGCCACCUGGUCGACCUCGUACCAAAUCAGAUCCCACACAGGAGACUACAGAGGAAAUAGUUGGGGUUUUAGAGAGCCCAGCUGUAGAGAAGAUAGGAUUUCGACUGAGGGCCCAAACAAUGGGUCAGUCAAAGAAAACUUCACGGUACUUCUGUGAUUCCUGCAAAGCCAGGCUAAAGGCAGAGGGUCAUUCAACUGCAGCAAACAGCAGUGGGAGCUCGGGGAGACAUUGCUCCAGUGCUUGUGCCUCUCGAGAUGUUGGGGCAGUAGACCUCAUGGCUCUCCCACCUCCUGGCAAUGAAGAAGAGGAGGAGGCAGAUGGUGGAGGUGAAAAGUUGCAACCACCACCGCCUGCCAUUGCUGCCCCACCACCUGGCUUUAGGGAUAACAGUUCUGACGAGGAUGAUCCAAAAAGAGCAAAGAAGGCCAGAACUAGCACUAAUGUUGAGAUUGCUACAGGAAAGCAGGCACAAGCUAAAGAAGAUGUGCCUGUGACACUGAUUGAUAAUGUGGCCACAAGAACAGUUCGAGACCAUGCCCAGGAGCUUGAUGAUGCUCUGGUGUCCACCUUACAGGCACUUGAGGCUCUGGCAGCCUCUGAAGACUACCCGCAUCAUCCUCAACAACCAACACAGACUGCAGGGUUGAUUGUCUUAGCUGCCAUUACACCUGAGUCAUCACUGGAUUCAGGUCAUGAGACCAACUCCUCUGAAUUAACAGAUGUUUCUGAGAUGGUGUCAGCAAUGAAGCAAAACCAGAACCAGGCAUAUCUCCUAGCUCACCAUAUCAACAAGGAGCGUAUUCUCUGCCGUCGUGACUUCCCCAUGGCAAUCCCUGGCUGCACUGCAAAGACCAUAGGGACUGGGGCUUUUACUGUGGGUCAGAUUCGUGCUGGUUGCCCACCAAAGCAAGUAAUCCUGAGUAAGACUGUUCCCUUUAAAGUAAGCCCUGGCCAAGAUUCAGCAAUACUUAGGGUUGUGACAGAACAAGGUGGCACUCAAGACACUUCUCAGACUGAACAGAAAGUAGAAUUAAAAGCAAUAUCAGAAUCUAUCAAAGCAAACACAAUUGAACCUGAUUCUAAGAAAUCAGAAGAACCUAAAAAAGUUAAUCCGCCACUGACAACUCAAGUCAAUGCUGAUCAGACCAUAUCAACCUCUUCAGAAAUAACCCAAUCUCAAAAUCUGUCUGAUGGUGUGAAGAUUAAAACAGCAGCACCUCUUGCUAUAGACCCAAUACACAAAGCCUUACCUAAAAUUUUGCCUGUGAACACAAGUGUUUCUGUCAAGAUCUCCUCCACUAAUAUGUGCCAAGAAGCCAAGACUGCCUCCAAUGAGACCAUGAAGCCUUCAAGCUCUGCAGAACUUCUGCCGGUGGAUGACCUUUUCUGCACAUGCCCUGUUCAACAGGAACCCACACCUCAACUAAGGCUAAAAGACCCACAGGUCCAAAAGAUGAUAGUGUUUCAGUCAUCCUCCCCCACAGAUGAUGAGCGUCUUCGAGCCAAAGGCCUCCAACUGGCAAAUAAUAAAGAAAAUACAACAAGAGUAGGAGCUGAUCCUACUUUGGCAAAGGCAAGCCCUCAAAUACAAAGUAAGUUAUCCCCUCAUUUGCCUGUGAAUGUAGAAAGGAAGGAAAUAUCUGAAAACAAGACUGAGGGUGUCCAGGUAAAAUCCCACUCAGAAUCACAGAAUCAGAAAUCCACAGUAAAAUUCUUACCUAUUUUAGAUGAUCUCACAACACCAAGUCCCAAUGUGGAAAAAGUCUCCACUCUUCCAGCUAGAGACUCAAAGAAGCAGGGCAGUGACAAGAAAUCACAGCGCAAUGCUCCUUUUUUGAGCUUUAGGAACCUUCUUUCAGCAACAUUUCCUGCAAGAAUGAGAAAAGAGACAGAUGAACGAAGAGCACAGUUGCAAAAAGUUCGGCAGUAUGAGCUAGAGUUUUUAGAGGAAUUGCUGAAGCCCAAGUCAUCACAAGGGGAAUAUAUACCCCAAGGAUCCUCUCCUGUGCCAUCAGGCACUCCUUGCGCCUGCCAACUCCGUACAAGUCCUGUUCUUAAAGCUCCAGGGAUAUCCAGGGAGCAGCGACGAAGUUGUGACUGUAAAAGAAUGUGCAGGGGUAUGCGACUACCAGACACACCAGUUGACACCACCACAGAGACAAAAAAUCGAGGCAGAGAGAGAAAUAUCUCAAAGACCCCUCCAACUGUUUCCAAAACUCCCCAUACCCAAGGUGGUACAAGGAGACCUCAAACUUUAGAGAUCAAAACCACAAGAAUACGAUCUACCAGUCUUGAGUCAAGAGAGCCAAGGAGAGACCAGAGCUCUUGCUUACCCACUUGUACUUCUCGAACCGACUGCACAGGAGCUCCACAAUACAAAAAGCUUCAGAGACGAUACAGCAUUGGAGAGCUAGACAAUAGUUCAAACACACCUGUGUAUGCUGAGGUGAAACCAAAACCCAAAAGUCUGGAGAAAGAAAUGGAAAGAGUGAGGGCCACAGGAUUAAGGCUUCCCACUCCUAUAGAGCCAAUUCACACUCAGUCUCAUCAGGCAGACAGUAAAGGGAAAAGGGGUGUCUUUUUCAUUCAAGGAGAGGAACUGCUUCGUGACACUAAAGAAGGAACUGGGGAAGUUUUGCUCACAUUACCCAGUGAAGAUAGUGAUGACAAAGACAAAUGCUGCUCAUUUUGUUUCUGUUAUAGGAAGUGUGAAGCUGCAGAUGAAAGCAGUGAGAAAGAUGAACUCUCAUAUUCUAUACCUCUACAGGUCCUUCCAGGGAUGGAGAUGGACUCGCGCACAUUUCCUGUUGUAAGCAAAACACUCCAGGUCUUAAAUGCAGAGGACUGCAGUGGAGAAGAAGAGGAGGAAGAGGAAGAGGAAGAGGAACCACAGACACAAGAUAUUGACCUAAGAACCUGUGGCACACUGGAAGGGAGCCUUGCACGUGUACAGGCUCUGCAAGGGAAAAGUUUCAGUUUACCUGAUGGUUUUUUAAAUGCUCAGCUGGAUGCUAAUGAGUUGCUAGCUAUCCUUCGACAGUGUGCUAACAGCCCACAGGCUGACGGCGAAGCUCGUCUUCAGUCUUCACGGAUUGCAGAGUACAAACAGGAACUGGCAGUUCGAUUCAAAGAGUUCAGGGCAUCAUGCCGACGAGUGGCAAGUGUUGAAAAAAGUCCAACACGAAUGCUUGCUGUUGUUUCAGAUAGUUUCCAGGUGUUAUGUGAACUAACUCAGACCUUAUUCAAACUGGUCAGAGGAGUCCGCUCAGAUGCCCAAAGGCUACAGCUGUUGAGGAAAGUUGAGGAAGUUGCUAUCAACUACACUUUACUUCUUCGUGCUGCGGAAGAGUCCAUGGGACACUCAAGCAGUUUGCCAACAAAGACAAUGAGCCCUCAGAUUUGCUCCAAAACCAAUAACAUGAGCUCACUUACACGACCCAUCAAAACUCUGCCUGCACAGUAGGAAUGAGUCUGGCAGGAACAUUGGAUGGCUACUUUAGCCAAAUUCAUUAUUUAUUUAGCUUUUACAAUUUUUACUAAAUCUGCAAUGAAUCAUUCAAUUGCAAUGCAACUCUUUCAUCCCAUGUUUAGAGGCCCUGAGGUAGCCUUGUUUUGAAAACAGAGAUACGCCAAACUAAUGCACAAUGGAGCAAGAACUCUACAGCAGGCUGGGUGAUACAGGGCUAAUCACCUCAUAUGAACAUUUUCAAGAUGAAAUAUAUAUAUAUACAUAUAUGUAUAAUAAAAUAUUUUAUAUACAUAUUAUGUAUAUUUUAGUUGUGUCUAUACAGCAAAUAUUAUAAAGUUGGUGAAGAAAAUGAAUUAUAAAUUUAUUUAAAAUAUACUAAAGUAAUAUAAUUAUAAAGUUAACAAUACAUCAGAAGUACAUGUAUGCAUUGAACUAAACUAGUUCAGAGAUCUUGUCACGUAGCGACUUCUGUAAACUGAAUAGUCCAAAGGGUUGGUUAGGUGGUGAUGUGCUUGUGGAAUUUGUUACCUGUUGUAAUGCAAACAUAAUCUCUUUUGGCUGUGCUGGCAAUGUGUGAUAUACAAUGUACAGGCCAAAAUGCAAGGAAACGAGUUGGAAACUGCAAAAACAAUGAACAAAAUUAUAAAGUUGACUACUGAGGCCCCAUUCUCUCUUUACAAAAAAAAGCAGAUAUGAAACACAAAUGUUCAGAAGCAGACAAUGUAGCAGAGACCCAAGUCACAGUUUUAUCCACUGUACAGUAAUGAGUGCAAUUACAUCACUCAGCUGUAGAAGAGACUUUGCCACAGUAUAAUUUGUAACACGAACUGUGUACUUUACACCUUUAUCAAUUUAUGACUCACUUGCUUCUCACUGAUUGUAAAUGACAUUAAUAAAUAUCUUCACUAGCAAGUGAGUAAGCCUGUGACUAGGAUUUUGCACAACCUCGAAACGAUUUUCAAAGUUAAAUGUAUCCUUUAAUGUUUACAUAUGUGUUUUUGUUUCAUCCUGCUGCUGAAAACUUUACUUGAGUCAACAUUACAACAGUUCAUUUCCUUAAUGCUAAAGCUGACCUGUUUCAAGAUACUCUUUAAUUUUUAUUAAUAUUUUAAGAUACUAUAUAAUAAAAUCUGCUUUCUAUGUGCUGUUACACAUUGUGAAAUCUAGCAAAUAUUUAAACACACAAAGUAGUUUUCUAUGUAUUUUAAUAAAACUAACACACCAUUUCCUGUCUGCAAUCUUUCUUUGUGUCAGAUCCUCUUGCCAUUGCCAAAAAUGAUCUAUGCCUGUGCUGGCCUAUUAUGUAUCAUGGAGACUGUUAAAAGAAAGUACAAUGAAACAAAAUUGUUGGUGGUGUUUCUUCUGCACAAGUAAAAAUGAAAAGAGAAUGUUAAAUGGUUAUGUCAAAAAUUCAAGAAACUUAUUACCAUAAACUGUAUGUCAAUCUGGUGGAAAGGUAGGUCUAAUGGUAAUACGAUUAAAAGUAACAGACAAACAAUUACUAUCAUACUAUAAUUGUGGUGAAAUAUUAUUUUCACCACAAUUAUUAAUUGAAAAUAGCUGGUUAAUCAAGCACUGAAAUUACAUUUAGAAGACACUACUUUCUGUCAGCACUCUCUUUUAACAGUUUUUUUUCUUUGCUGCUAAUGUUGCAUUUCAUAACAGUUGUGUAAUGUUAUUUUUCUCACUGUGGAUAUUUUUUUCCCUCGCAACCUUCAGGGACACGUGUUGGAGCUGGGGACGAUGAUAAUGUACAGAUUUUUUAAAAUGGGCAAAGCAGACAAAACUGAAAGAGGAACCAUGUUCACAAUUUGCAAAUGGUAUCCCGUAUGGGAAUGUCAAAUUUUACGCAGAAAAUGUAAAUGAUGUGAUAAAAUGUUUGAGAGAAUAAGACAUACUUUUAAAUCAUUACUUGUAAUAUUAAGAUUUAUCCGAGCCCUUCACUAUUUUGUAUAUAGGACAUGUCUGUGAGGUAAUUAUUUGUAGUGUAAAUGUAACAUAGAGACUAAUAGCAAAGUCAUAUAUUUUGAAGAAAAUCAGUACAAAGCAUGGGACAUGUUUAUUUUUAUAAACAAAAAAUAUCAGACAAUGUUUCCUCAUCAGCCUGAGAACAUUUCAGCAUUCAAGAAACAUUUUCUGUGUUUAUCAUUGUUUCUGUUGCUUUGCUAAAUGGACCUCAGGUCACUUUGUUCCUUCCCCAAAUUGUGCAUCCAAUUUGUGCCUACCGUAUUUAGAUAAACUACUGCAUGUCCAAACAUUUCUCCAGAUAAAUCAUUAUUUUAUGUAUCCAUGGCAAUAAAUAAUUAUGAAAUGUUACUAAAAGUACAAAAACCUUAAAAUUACAAUUAAUAAUUUUUAUAUAUAUAUAUAUACAUAUAUUUGUAAACUUCCCUAUUUCCAUUUAAAGUGAUUGUGGUCCCAGUUUAGGCAGUUGACUCUGAAGAUUGUCCAGUGAAUAUCUGUAGUCAGAGAAAAAAUGACUUUCAGUGACCAUCUGCUCGUAAAUGUUUAUAAGAGUCACAAAAUUUUCUUAUAGUAGGUUAAUUGUAGUUAAGAUCAAAUUAUUUUAAACUAUUGGUUGCCAUAAAACCUCAAGGACAGUAUGAAUUGAUGCACAGCUGUUAGGCUACCUAACAGUCUCUCGAUAGCUCCUUUUCAUACCCAAGAGGUCGACAGAAAAGUACAAAUUGGUGAAGGAGUGAAAUGACCAGCGCUGUGCUAAGUUGAUCAGUCUGUGUUUCAUUCACAUAAUAACCACCGUGACUUGGUCUUUUGUUUUUCUUUUGUACACUGAUUCAUUCCUGUCUCAAUUCACUGUCAAUGAUCUUGUCGACACUGUGGUCUUUUGUCUGUGUACAAAGCUAAUUCAUGUUUUAAGAGCAAUAAAGAAU